GUCGCAAAAGCCAUUCCUCUCCCGAUACGGCUCGUCUGUCUCCGGCCAACACCUAUCGCACCGAUCCAACGUGCUUCCUCUGCUAGUUACCGCGUUCGUCACGGCUACUGCCACCCUAGUGGUCUCCAAAGCCUGGGAUGGAGCUCCUUCGCAGCCGGAAGCUGCCAAGACAGCCUCGGGAGCAAGAUACGCCGACGUCCCGACCAUGCUGAAGGCUGUCGACGAGGUUAAGAGGGUCGUCGGAGAGGAGUUCGUCAGUCUGGACGCCGAGGACAUUGAGAACCAUGGAUACUCGGACUGGUCCACCUCCAACACCACGGAACGGCCGGUCGCUGUCGUGAGCCCCGCCACGACUGAUGAGGUUUCCCAGAUCGCUCGCAUCUGCACCCAGUACAGAGUGCCUAUGGUGCCGUUCGGCGCCGGAUCCAGCGUGGAGGGCAACUUCUCGGCCCCGCAUUCGGGCAUCUGCAUCGACUUGUCGCGCAUGGAUCAGGUUGUCGCCGUCUACGAACAUGACAUGAACGUGACCGUCCAGGCCGGCGUCAGAUGGGUCGAUCUCAACGAGCAGCUCAAGCCCACGGGCCUGUUCCUGCCCAUGGACCCGAGUCCAACCGCCUACGUGGGGGGCAUGAUCGCCACGAACUGCAGCGGCACCAACGCCAUGAGGUACGGCACCAUGAAGGACUGGGUCGUCAAUUUGACGGUCGUGCUGCCGGACGGAACGGUGAUCAAGACGAAGCGACGUCCGCGAAAGUCGUCCGCGGGGUAUAACCUGAACGCGCUCUUCACGGGCUCGGAGGGCACGCUGGGCAUCAUCACGGAGGCCACCCUGAAGCUGGCGGUGAUCCCGCAGGAGACCAGUGUCGGCAUCGCGACCUUUCCGACGGUUGGCGAUGCCACGGCUGCCGCGUCGAAGCUGAUCCGGGCUGCUGUGCCCUUGGCGGCGCUGGAGUUCAUGGACGACGUUCAGAUGAGGAUCAUCAACCAGAACGGCGGGGCUGGCGGGAGGUACUGGGAGGAAGCUCCGACCCUGUUUCUAAAGUUCACCGGCACCACGUCUGGGAUCAAAGAGAGCAUCGAUCGAACACGGCAGGUCCUUGCCAGCAACAAAGGAGAAGAGAUGGUCUUCGCAUCAACGGCGGAGGAAGUAGACAACCUAUGGUCUGCGAGGAAGCAAGCCCUCUGGGCGAUCUUGGCGGCCAGACCGCAGGGUACUGAGAUCUGGUCGACUGAUGUCGCUGUGCCGAUUUCCCGACUUGCUGAGAUCGUUGAGAUGUCGAAAGAAGAGUCCAGUAGCCUUGGACUUUUCUCCACGGUGUUGGGACACGUCGGUGACGGCAACUUCCAUCAAGCGGUGAUGUACAAUCCCAAGAGCUCUGAACAGUACAAGGCUGUCAAAGCGUGUGUUUCGAGGAUGAUGCGACGCGCGCUAGAGAUGGAAGGCACAGUCUCUGGUGAGCAUGGUAUUGGCAUUGGCAAAAAGGACUACCUUGCGGAGGAACUAGGAGAGCCCACUGUGGAUCUAAUGAGGACGCUGAAGCGAAGUGUGGAUCCUUAUUGGCUCAUGAACCCCGGCAAGGUGUUCAAUGAGAAAUGAUACUUCUAGCUUGGGAAGCUCGAACUGAAUUGGGCUUUCACCAUUUUCAAAACCAGUGUUCGAUACAAGGAAACUCAUUCGUCCUCCACUCGCGAUAGUCACAAUGUCGACAAGCCG